UAGCGAGAUAGAGAACGUUUCAAAUCGCGUUCGAAUGGGUAUUGAGCAUGUUGUUCAUUUCGGUGCUAGUCGUAAAAUUCCAAACACGCGCCUAAAAGUGCAAAGGAUUAUUGUUUUACUGAUAAAGAAGAGUUCAUGAAGCUAUAUCAUUUGUUUAAAGUCUCAGUACUUUUAGCUUGGUAGAUUAGUAUUUCUUAAGCAACGACAGUGAAAGUGUAUCCAUCAUUCAUUGAGUUUGGACGCCAACGUCUCUUCGCGCGCAUUGAUAAGUGGUGAACGGUGAAAAUGCUUAUCCUACUAGCGCUGAUUGCGCUCUUCGCGGGUUUGGCAGUGUUCAUCUACCAGAGAUUCGCCAACGCACUGUACUAUGCUGGGAAAAUGGAAGGUCCGAAGGGCUAUCCCUUGAUUGGGAAUGCAGAUCGGCUCAGUGGCAAAACACCUGCAGGAUUCCUACUCGAGUUGCAGAAAAUGAUUGCUGAAUGUGGGAGAUGUUUUCGGUUGUGGAUUGGACUAGACUUGAUUAUUGUACUAACGGAUGCCCAAAAAGUAGAGGCCAUACUAAGCAGCCAAAAAUUUCUGGAUAAAUCACUCCAAUACGACUUCCUCCGUCCAUGGCUAGGUGAUGGCCUGCUUACCAGCACUGGCAGAAAAUGGCACUCCCGGCGAAAGAUCAUUACUCCAACCUUCCACUUCAAAAUCUUGGAGCAAUUUGCAGAAAUCUUCGACCAACAGAGUACAAUUUUCAUUGAACAACUAGCAUGGAAGGCUGCUAGCGGAGAAACGUUUGACAUUUUUCCGAAAGUGACUUUAUGCGCGUUGGAUGUGAUUUGUGAGUCGGCCAUGGGGACGACAGUAAACGCUCAAGUCAAUUCCGAAUCGAAGUACGUGAGGGCUGUGAAGGAUAUGUCAACAGUCGCUCUCCAACGGUCGUAUAAUAUCUUGGCUCGCUUCGACUUCACCUUCGAUUUCACCAAAUAUCGUAGAAUGCAGGAUCAUGCUUUGAAGAUCCUUCAUGACUAUACAGAUAGUGUAAUUCGUAUCCGCCGUCAGGAACUAUCCAAAUCAAAUCAAACAGACGAUAAUGAAAAUUCCAUCGGUAUUCGUCGGAAGAUCGCUUUUCUGGAUAUGUUGUUACAGACCACGGCUAAUGGUCAACCACUUUCUGAUUUGGAGAUUCGCGAGGAGGUAGAUACUUUCAUGUUUGAAGGUCACGAUACCACUACUUCAGCCAUCAGUUUUCUGAUGGACAUCCUAGCAAAACAUCCCGAUAUCCAACAGAAAGUGUACGAAGAAGUUUGCGCUGUAUUUGGCGAUGAUCUUAGUAAACCCGCUACACUCUCGAUGUUGAAUGAUCUCAAAUAUCUUGAUUUGGUGAUCAAAGAAACUCUUCGGCUGUAUCCGUCCGUGCCAAUGUACGGUCGGAAGAUGUUGGAAAAUCACGAAAUAGAUGGUGUCGUGUUUCCAGCAGGAGCAGAUAUCCUAAUUCUGCCAUUCUUCAUGGGUCGCGAUCCUGAAUACUUCGACAAUCCGCUAGAGUUUCGUCCGGAGCGAUUCUCAGAAGAAACGACGGCUGAAAAGGCCAACCCCUACCGUUAUGUGCCGUUCAGUGCUGGCCCAAGGAAUUGUAUUGGACAAAAGUUUGCCGUUGCAGAGAUCAAAAGCAUGAUUAGUAAAACGUUAAGGUAUUACGAGUUAUUACCACCGGAGCACGACCGACCCCAAACUUUUAUCGCAGAGUUGAUUUUACGACCGGAGGGCGGUAUUCCAUUACGACUUAGAAAAAGGUUGUGAAUUAUAUUGACUUUGUUGUGAUAUGUACAUGGUAAUAAAAUAAGACAAAUCAAUUACUCCUUACAUUAUACAUUAUAAUAA